AGUAAGCACUUGUUUGAGCUCUUUGCUCACAAAUUGAAAGAGCUCAAACUACACGAUGGCGACAAAAGAAGACCAAGAGGCCCUGCGUCUUCUCGUCCAACAUGUCUCCCGAGGAUUUUACGAGCCAAAAUUCACUAUCAUCAUGGACCAGCUAGCCCGUCAUCCGGUUCUGAAGGAUGACGACUUGGCCGGGCGAAUGGGCCUUCAGGCGAAAGAAUUGAAUAAACUCAUGGCUGUUUUAGGGAACGACCGCCUGGUACAAGUGUACCGCCAAAACGAGCUCAAGGAGGGGGCACAGAGGUCUGUCGGAAGACAAUACUAUUACAUUGACUACAAGCUUUUUUGCGAUGUCGUUAAAUGGCGCAUCGCAGAAAUGCGGAGAAUUAUAGACUCGGGUCUCCGUAAUGAGCUUGACAACAAAGGCUACAUCUGUCCGCAGUGCAACAAAUCAUACACACCGUUAGAAGUCGACAAGCUGAUGGAUUUUUCGAGAGGAAUAUUUGCGUGCGAGGACUGCCAUGCAGAAGUUGUGGAGAAUGAGAACGCGGAGAACGUCAGGGGGAGUCAAGACCGCAUGCAAAGGUUCAACCACCAGAUGCGGUUUGUUGUCGAAGGUUUGAGAAAGACAGAGUCUAUGGUUCUUCCAGCGCUCGAUGUUCCCACUUGGGUCAAGAAUAAUGUUGGUGAUGUUGAAAAACAAAAGUCGGGCCAGGUGUCAGGUUUGAAAAUAGCAGGAUCUGGACCUGGCGGGAGACAAGAAGAUGGUGUUGGCAUAGUCAUGUCGAUGGAUAAGGAUGAAGCAACGAGACGCCAGGAACGAGACGCCGAGGCAGCGGCAAAGCGGCAGCAAAACGCCCUGCCAGCAUGGCAUCUGAAAAGUACUAUCACUGGAGACCUGACGGCUCUGGGAAUUCAGGAGAGUGCGCGUGUCGUGGGGAGAGAAAGCGACGGUCCACCACUAUCCAGCGACGACUCUCUCAAAGGGCUUGGAACCAUUGGAACUUUACCGCGUCCAAUUCAGCUGACAACGGCAACAGAAGAUGUGAAACCAGAAGUCAACCAAGAGAUGGAUUAUUACGAUCAGUACUAUGCCUCGUUGGCGGCAUCUAACGCAGUAUCUUCCCAGAAUACGCCAUCUGGCCUCGGAAGCGAAGAGUUUGAAGAGGAAGAGCAAAAGCCGUCAGUGCAAUAUCUGGACUCCCUCAAUGAUUACCAGAAGCGCUCCCGAUCAAGAGAGGACGAAGGUGUUGCAGCGACGAAAUUGUCCAAGAUAGAGGUUCCAGGACCUCUUCCCAAUGUGAGCAUAGAUACUAAAAUGGAGGCGAAUGGGGCGGACGAUACCCCUGUAUUGGUUAAUGGUGUCUUGAAGCCGUUCUCAGAAGUCACUGAUGAAGAUACCGAACUUAUGACACCAGACGAGUAUACCGCUUACUACGAAAUUUUGCAAUCACAGUCAUAGACCCAAUUUCUUGAAGCUACCGAUACAAGGAUACAUAUAUUAUAAUAGUUUGUACUGAUUCAAGAUAAUCAAUGUGUAUUAUAUGUGAUAGAAGGAGGA